CGCAAGUAAUUUGGAAGAUGUCUGGCAGAGGCAAAGGAGGCAAAGGUCUUGGCAAGGGAGGCGCAAAGCGUCACCGCAAAGUUCUUCGUGAUAACAUCCAGGGGAUCACCAAGCCUGCAAUGAGACGCCUGGCCCGCCGUGGUGGUGUGAAACGUAUCUCUGGUCUCAUCUACGAGGAGACCCGUGGUGUGUUGAAGGUUUUCCUGGAGAACGUGAUUCGUGAUGCCGUUACUUACACCGAGCACGCAAAGAGAAAGACUGUGACCGCAAUGGACGUAGUCUAUGCUCUGAAACGCCAGGGACGUACUCUGUACGGCUUUGGUGGUUAAAGCACACGUCUCUUCCUUGACUUAAUGUAAAGGCUCUUUUAAGAGCCACCCAAUUCCUUUUAAAAAGAAGUACUCCUUUUUAUAUAGGAUAGUGUGAGUUCUAACGCCCCACUUAAGUUCAGUCUCAAUGGCAAUACGGUCAUAACAAUUGGGAAACUGGGGCAUUGCGAUCCAAUGGGACGCGUAACAUGUAUGUGCUAUACGUCCCUUUUUACCGAGGGUAAACCAUGUGCUCCCAUACUAAUGUUUAUAUUUACAUGUACAUGACAAUCUCAAUCCUUCAGGG